GCCAACGGCCGCGAGUGCGCGCAUGCGCGCGGGUGACGGCCUGGCCCGGGCCCCGCGCCUCCUGCCGCGGGCGCUCGAGGCGACACGCGACCUGCCCGUCCCGAGUGUCUCAUCCUUUCUGUGAGUCAGUACUUGUCAUCUUCACCAGAAACUGCAAUUUAAUCAAUUAGUAAUAAAGAAGAAUCAUUAACUAGGAGAAAAUGUCAAAUUUAAAAAUGAAAGAGGCAGCCCUCAUCUAUCUCGACAGAAAUGGAGGUCUCCAAAAGUUUAUAGACGAUUGCAAAUACUACAAUGAUUCAAAACAAAGUUAUGCUGUAUAUCGAUUCAAUAUUUUAAUAAAUCCCUCUGAUGUUCUUGAACUAGAUGCUGAACUUGGAAAUCACAUUUUACAUCAUCCUUUAAAAGCUGUUCAAGUUUUUCAAUCAGUCUGUUUUAUUGCUGUUAAGACUCUCUCGCUAAUUGAACAAUUACAGACUGAAACUCAAAUUAAUAUAGUGCUGAAAUUAACACAUUUACCUCCUCUGCCAAGUUACGCUCUUGAUCUCUGUGAGUUUCCACUUGAUUAUACAUCUCAGAGAUUUUAUAUGAUGGAAGGAAUCGUGAUUGCAAUGACAACUAUAACCAAGUACACACAAGGUGCAAGAUUCCUUUGUUCAGAUGAAGCAUGCCCCCUUUCAAAAGGAUUUCAGUAUAUCAGAGUGCACAUGCCUGGUGCUACAGAAUCUGCAACAGUAAGAAAUGACUUUUUGUGUAACCUGUGUUCAUCUCCACUUCAAGAAGACAGAAAAUUUAGAGUACUUGGUGAUAAACAGAUAGUUGAAAUAAUUACCACAAAAGCACUUCAUGCUUUUCAAGGAUGUUCUAAAAACCAGCCCUUUAGGUUUCAGUCUUUUACAAUCUUCCUAAGAGAUGAAUUAGUAAACAAAAUAAAUAUAGGAAAUGAGUAUAAAAUUAUUGGAAUUCCAGCCUGUGUCAAAAGCUCACAAACUGCUCUCUGCAUAGAAGCAAACAGCAUCAUUUUUUGCAAUCCAAAAGUUUCUUCAGGCAUUAGUGAUAACUUCAAUUGUCUCCUCUCCUUGACUUCUGGUUCAUGCUGGAAAUUUACAGCAAUACUUGCCAAUAUCUUUGCAUCACAAAUUGUUCCUCCUGGGACUUACAAUUUGCUCAAGUUGUGCCUGUUGAUGAGUCUAGUACAGACAAGUGAUUGUAAGAAGGAACUAGAAAAUUGUCUGGAUAUUUUAAUUAUAACAAGUGAUACUCUACUUGUAGACAGACUUUUGAAUUUUAGCAUAAACCUUGUUCCCCGUGGUAUACAUCAUCCAGUCUCUGCUGAAAUUUUUCCUACUCUAUCCAGAAAUAAAUAUGGAACUGGAGCAGUUAGCAUUCAAGCUGGCAGUGCUUUGCUAGCUAAAGGUGGUGUCUGCUUUAUAGGAGACUUAUGCUCACAUAAAAAAGAUAAACUUGAACAACUUCAAUCAGUUCUGGAGAGCAGAAGCAUUACAGUAUACAUCCCAGGAAAGAAGUUUGGGGAUGAUAUAGAUCAACAAAUGACUUUUCCAGUUCAGUGCAGUUUUUGGUCUUUUGUUGAUAUGGAUUCAUCUUCAAGGAGAAAUGUACAGAAAACCAACACUCUAAUUGGUCAGAUGAAUUGCAGUUUGAUUCCAGCUAACUUUGUGGAAGCAUUUGGAUUACUGAUUAACUGCAAUGAAUUUUCUCCUUGCCACCCACUUCUUCCAACUGUGCAACAUACCUUAAAGAAAGCCACUGAUCCGGAAGGGCUACUUAAUUUAGCUUCUAAACAGUUCACUACAGAAGACUUUGAAAAGCUACUGGCUUUUGCAAAGAAUUUGAAUGUAGAAUUCAGCGUGGAGGCAGAAAGAAUGAUUCAUGGUUAUUAUCUAGCAAGUCGCAGAAUCAGAACAGAUUCUAUAUAUGGAUCAAAACUGUCAGCAUCUGCAUUAAAAUAUUUAGUUUCUUUAUCUGAAGCCCAUACACGAUUAAACUUAAGGAAUAAAGUGCUGAAAGAAGAUGUACUAAUUGCAGCCUUGUUAUUUGAAACAUCUCUCACAUGGAAAUAUGGGUCUCACUGUGCAGUUCAGGCUGGCCUCGAACUCAGGGUGAUCCUCCUACCUCAGCCUCCAGAGUGUGGCUUCUUACUUUGAAUUUUUAGGAAGACUUCUCUCAGGAAGUAUUAUUUAUUUAAUCUGAGGGAUAAAAAUCCAGAGAGAGGGAAAGUACUUAUGCAGGUGCUUUCAAGAACAUGGAAGAGGCCAGGGUGGCUAAAGCACACUGAACAAAGCAGAGUGGUACAAGUUAAGUUUGGAGAGGAAGAGAGGGCCGGAUCCUGCAGAGCAUCACAGAUCAUGGUUGAAAACUGGGAUUCUCUUCCAAAUACAAUGGGAAGCCACAGAAAGGCUUUAAGCAGAUAACUAAUAUGAUCAAUUACAUUUGUGAAAUAUCGUUGUCUUAGUGCAGUGGUGGGGAACUUAUGGCAUGCCUGCCUCAAUGGGCUGUUACCACGGAAAGCUCUAAAAAGUUCACCAUCCCUGUGUUAGUGGAUGUGGAGAAUGAAUUGGAGGGGUUAAGGGUGGUCUGACAGACAAGUUAGGAAAUUGCUAUCAUAGUCCAAGGCAACUGAUAACAGUUUUGACUACAUAGAGGUGGUAGAAAUGGGAUACAUUUCUACCACUGGGAUGCAAAACCCAAUAGGUUUUGUUCAUGAACUAAAUUAGGAGUUAGGGCAGAGAUAAGGGGAAGGAGAGGAAUUAAAGAAACCUCUCAGGUUCAUUCUUUGAGCAACUAGGUGAGUCAUGGUGCCAUUUACCAAGACUGGGAAGAAAGACAGAAAGGAAAGUAUAGGUACGUUUAUGAUACCCUACACAGGUAUCAAUAGAUAAAAGAAUGUGGACUUAAGAGUUCCAAUCUAGGAAUAUAAUUCAGCAUAGAGAUGGUAUUCAAAGCCAAGAAGUAGAUGAAAUUAUCUAGAGACUACAGAAAAUUCCAGCACUGACCUUGAAGAAUUCAGUACUUAGAAAGGGGAGCUGAGGAGGAAUUAACAAAGGAGACUAAGAAGCAGGAGCCAAAAGGUAGAAGGAAAAUGCAGCAUGGUCUUACAGAAGCCAAGAAAGAACGAUUCCCAAGGGAGCAGAUUGGCCAGCUGUAUUACACACUACUGACAGUUUAAGAUUACAUUUAGUCGCCUAGAGGUUGUAGGAAGCUAUUAGCAACCUAAACAACUUCGAGAUGUUGGCUAUGCAGAUUAGGAAAGAAAUGGAGUAUUUAGCUGGAGAAGGUAUAGUCCGAGAAGGGAUAUGUAGUUUUAAAAAGUAAGGUAUUAAAGUCAUAUGAUGUGUAGUGCACUGAUUCUACAGAAAGCACGCAACACCUGACAUGGUAAUACGUUCCCGCAGUCUGAGACCAGCCUGGACAACAUAGCCAGAAGAAAAAAAAGGCAGGGCAGGGGGACCAAUGAGGUAAGACCUUAAAAAUAUGAAAAAGAUGAGCAGAGAUCAGAUCCAGAACACACUGCUCCAAGAGGUCACUUCCUGAUUUUAUUGGAGGCAACAACGUAGACACAGAACUAGGUAGGUAUGCAGACUUGGGCUUAUACUGUACUGAAGGCCUCAUUUUGGUUUCCAAAAAAAGGUCAGAUUUAAAUAAUUAAAUACUCUACUAAAUAGAUCAAAACUUCAUUUUAAAAUCAGUAGGAGCCAGGCAUGGUGGCACCUGCCUAUACUAUAAUCCCAGCACUCAGGAGGCUGAAAUAUAUGGUGAUACCUUGUCUUCUCAAGCAACCAUACACACACACAAAACAUUCACUAUUAUGGUUGAAAAUAAGAUUUAAUAUUUAGCAUGUUAAGGAGUAUUUCCCAUCUACACUGAAUUUCUUUCUUUCUUUUAGGAGCCACUGCAUUUGGUGUUGCUCCAAAUGCAGUAUUUCCAUUUGAACUGUACAAUGAAGAGUACUUAGAACAAAGGGAUCUCUAUCUGACUGA